AUGUCCAACAGACGGGACAGGCAAAUCUGCCGAUCCUUCAACUCUUCUAGGGGGUGCCGUUUUCAGAACUGCAAGUUUCUCCACGAAAGAACCGGAAGUCCAACACCUUCGGCGUCGUCAACUCCCUUGCAUUCUCCCAGAUCAUCAAGCAGGCCGGAGGGAAUCACAGCAGGCCGGGGGAACUGCGAGUUCUUCUGGACUUCUGGGGAAUGUCGACGAGGAUUCGACUGUACAUACCGCCAUGUUCGUCAGCCGCAGAUUGUAGAGGCGCCUCCAAUGGCAACGUGUUCGGAAACUGACACCCUCGACUUUCUGACUACCGAAGGGUUGGCCGAUAUAAACAAUAUGUCCUUACACAGCUUGCAUGCCAUGAGCCCGACAGAGGCGCAUAACAUGCUCAAGCAGUUCAAUAGUCCAGACUUCCAGUUCAUGAGCCCGGAUCGAGUCGUUCAGUUUGUCCAGAUUCUAGCCAGCGUUGAUCGCCGAAAUUCACAAUGGGAUACCAUUAGGGCCCAGUCGUUUCUUGAAAUGAUAGUCAAUUUGAAGCACCAUGUCCUCGCUCGCAUCCGCGAGGUCUUGCAAUAUUCCCCCGUUUCUUGUCGUGCUGGUACAGGCUUCACGACCCUCUCGUUUCAAAUUGGAUAUUUCCCGCUUCUUCAGUUCUUUGGCUCGGACCUAAUCCUCAAAACCAAUCUUCAUCAUAAUAUCCACGCCUUAUACAGUGCCCUGGAUAGUGGUCUCGACCAUAUGCUCGACAUCGUUUCUUCAUGCAUGGAGCAAAUGAUUCAGAAUCGAUCUUGGAAAGAUCCUACGCCAGCUCUUCCUGCCUCACGGCAAAGCAGUCUUUCGGGAGUGGUCGUCUUCGGCACGAUCGCGACCCUGCUAACCCAAUAUUUUCAACGUUUCAAACAUGCCAUCAAUAAUCACCCAGAUAUCGCCGUAUUCGUUGGCAACCUCGUUCGAUGGCACGACGAAUGGGCGAGACUGAUCAUGACGGCGAGCUUUGAUGAUUCCAUUGACCCCACCGUUCAGCGAUUGACGCUGGAACAAAUCAAAGAGUCCAUAAGCAGACUCGACGCAAUCGUACAGCGAGAGCGCGCAAAUGCGCAGAGCAGACGAAGACCAGCGCAGCCUCAGGGUCUGAGGGAAGAGCAUCGAUAUGAAGCAUUGCAGGCUCGUCUCAUUCAGACUUACGACGCUCCCGGUGCCCUCCGCCUUCUUGGUCCUCGACACAGCAAUGAUCACUGUGACAUAGCCGACAUACAGAUCGUCCCUACGCAUGACGAGAUGAUCUCUGCUGCUGUGCCAUACAUUCCCGUCAACCUUCCAGACGCUCCACAUCAUUUGGCUCCAAAUUCAAUGGAGCGGCACCUGGACAUUCAGUUCCGUCUCUUGCGCGAGGAGCUCGUUGCCCCCAUCCGCGCCUCGAUAUCUACUAUUCAACUUGACUAUGAUGCUAUGCAGGCACAAGCAUCAAGACGUGACGCCCCGCCAGUCCAAUUACAAAAUUUACUCAAGGCCAAGGGAGGCAUAUACCGCACCUCUGGAUAUGACUCGACUAUGUUCCAUAUCUACACAAAUGUCGAAUACGCCCCUCUUCAAGUGGAACGACGUGGUUUCACAGUCGGGCUCGUUGUCGAUGCGCCACCCUCAGAACACGCCCGACACUCUGAUCCCAAAGUCAGAAAAGAGUUCUGGGAACAUUCUGGUUCACGGCGACUCAGCGCUGGCAGCAUCGUCGUUUUAGUCAUCGCAACGUUUGGUCGUCUAAGCGUCUAUGCUGGCAGUGUUUCUUCAUCGACGGAUGACAUUAUCGAGUCGUCCAAGGCCCAUGAGAGCCGCAUCACAAUUCGCGUCAAUUUUUUUGAUCCCCACGUAGAGCUUGGCGCUCUUCGACAGGAAAAGAUCACCAUCGAUAUGAACCGGUUUGCCUUCUUGGUGGAUAACAACAUCAUGUUUGAAUCUAUCAGGCCCUUUUUGGAGAAGCUGCGUUCCGUUGAACCUACUUCCAUGCCGUUUUCCGGUUAUAUUUGUGGGGUCGAUCUGGGAGGUGUCACGGUUGCGCCUCCAAAGUAUAGUCAAAACCCGUCUUUUCGGUAUAACCUAGAGUGUCUCUCGAAAGAUAGAAUCAGGGUGUCCCAUCCACUGAACACGAUGGACCCUUUAUCAAUCCGGAGAGCCCGACUGCAGCUGAAGACAUCAAGCAAUUUAGACCCUAGUCAAUGCGAUGCAGUGGUCGAUGCUUUGACAAGGGAGGUCUCUCUAAUCCAAGGACCUCCAGGUACCGGAAAGAGUUUCACCGGCAAAGAGUUGCUUCGGGUCUUAUUCGCCAACAAGGUCAAGCCCAUUGUGAUGAUCGCUUUCACAAAUCAUGCACUGGACCACAUGCUGCUCUCCUUGUUGGAUGCGGAUAUCACGAAGAAUCUUGUUAGGUUGGGAUCACGGUCCUCGGAUGAACGCAUCAAUGAAUAUACCUUGGACAAGCUAGAGAGGAUGACGGAUAGAAGGCCUUCGCCGCUAGAUCAGAUUGUGGGCAAGGAACGUUUUGCCAUGGGUCAACUAGAGGACGAAAUGAGAACGAUCCUACAGCAUAUCCAAACGCCUUCGCACACCUGGGAGACCGUCUCCGAAUAUCCGCAAGAGAAUUUCCCCGAUCAUUAUAUCUCGUUCUCAGAACCUCCUUUCUGGAUCGAUAAACUAGCAGAAGACCUUCGCCAGAAUAUUGAAGCAGAAGGGGAAUGGACAACUGUGCACAAAAACAAGAAAAAACGAGAUAUCGACAUCCCGAAUACCAUAUAUUCCUUUUGGAAAACAGGACAAGAUAUCUCGUUCCUACAGCCUCCACAGCUACCGCAGAACAUCGCGCAGUCAGCUAGAGGAAAGAAGCAGAAGUCAGCUGGAGGGAAGAAGCAGAAACAGGAGACCCUUGUAGCAGAGUUUCUGCAGCUGCAACAGGAGUAUUCAAUGCGUAUGAACGACUUCUUCAUACCAUUGGGAUUUCCAGAGGGCGAGCUUCCGUCUAUUCCCACUACUUCCAGGCGGAUCGAUAGGCUGAUGGUCGCUGAUGCCAUCUGGCGUAUGUCUGUCGAAGAGCGACAAAUACUGUCAGAAUUCUGGGAACAAGAAAUGAGGACUUUUGCGUACAGCAAACAUCGACAGGAUUACGAAGAGCGACGGAAAGAAUAUGAAGCUGCUUGCAAGCGGUUUAACGAUGCAAAGGACGAAAGUCGACGGCAAUUACUAUCUCGAGUUGACCUUAUUGGAUGUACUACUAAUGGCGCUGCUAAACUCACUUCACUUUUGACGACCGUGGCGCCCAAAGUGCUGAUGGUGGAAGAGGCAGGACAAGUCCUUGAGGCACAUAUCUUGUCUUCUCUUGUGCCAUCUGUGCAACAUCUUAUUUGUAUAGGAGAUCCGAAGCAACUUCGUCCCACCUUGGCCAAUUUUUCUCUAUCUAUGGAUAGUGAACGGGGACGUGAACUGUACAAAUUUGACCGUUCUUUGAUGGAACGGUUGGCCGAUGGUGGGUUCCCAAUGUCCCAGAUCAACGUCCAGAGGAGAAUGCGUCCUACCAUUUCUCAUAACAUUCGAAAAAUUUUGUAUUCUAACUUGGAGGACCACGAUAUCGUCACAAAGUACCCUCCGAUUCAAGGGAUGGAAAAGGAUCUUUUCUUCUUUACGCACACAAACCGGGAGAAAGCUGCAGAUGAAGGCUCGGUAUCCAAAGUCAAUACAUUUGAAGUUAAAAUGAUUGUUGACCUUGUCAUGUACUUUUUGAAGCAGGAGGCUUAUAGUUCACCCGGAGAUAUUGCUGUCCUUUGCGCAUAUUUGGGCCAGUUACGAGAGCUGAAAUCCACUCUGAACUCCCUCAAAGUUGCCGUUUCUGUCGACGAACGCGAUCAGGAUCAGCUAGCCCGGGAGGGAAUGGACGACGAAGGUUAUGUAGAGCAAGUCACUGUGUCCAAGCAUGUUCGUCUAGGAACUGUCGAUAUCUUCCAGGGCGAGGAAGCAAAAAUCGUCGUCGUUUCUCUCGUCCGAAAUUCUGGAUCUUUCGAUAGCGACACGUCAAUUGGUUUCCUGAAGUCUGUAAAUCGUAUUAAUGUGGCACUGUCUCGGGCUCAGCACGGGCUGUACAUCCUAGGAAACGCUUCCAACCUUCGUCAAAAUCCGACCUGGAAGACUAUCAUAGACGAAAUGGAACAACGGGACCAGAUUGGUUUUGGCUUUUCAGUGAUAUGCCCUCGCCACCCAAAUCAGAGGAAUAUAAUAACGGCACCGGGCCAACUCAGUGUUGUGGCACCAGAAGGUGGCUGUUGCUUGCCUUGUGAUUACCGUAUGGACUGCGGUCACAAUUGUCCUUCUAUGUGCCAUCUUGAUCUCGACAAACAUCGCAGUAUGCAGUGCUAUAUGCCAUGUCUCCGAACUCCAUGCCCUCGUAUGCACCCAUGCCAUAAGAGAUGCUCCGACAAGUGUGGCCCCUGUGAAUUCCCACUCUCCAACGUCGAACUUCCUUGCGGCCAUAAAGCAUCAAUUUCAUGCUAUCAAGCAGAAGACCUAUCUUCAGUUUUCUGUCAUGAAGAGGUCAUAAAAUGGUUGCCGCUCUGUGGACAUGAAGCAACAGUUUACUGUUCGGAUGAUCUCAAAGAGCACAAAUGCCUCAAUGCUUGCGGAGGAACUAUGUCGUGCUGUGGAAAGACGUGCAAGUCGUCUUGUGGGGACUGCACAAAACUUAAUCUGCCAGUAACUCAGGCCGGGAUCGAAAGAGUUUUCAGCUUAAGAAUCAUUCGCAUCUUGCACAAAUCACAUCAAUGCGAGCGACUCUUAUUCUGUCAACACAAAUGCGGUCUCGACUGUUCUCAAGACCAUGAAUGUAAUACUUCAUGUGCGCAGGCAUGCCGCCAACGUUGUUCUCACCACAAGUGUCCCAAGCCAUGCGCUCAGGACUGUGCACCUUGUGCCGAGCCAUGCGACUGGAUCUGUCCACAUUUGUCCUGUCCAGUUCUAUGUGGAUCGAUAUGCGCACGUUUACCAUGUGAUGAACCAUGCCGUACUGUGCUCCAAUGCGGCCAUAUCUGCCCUUCAGUAUGUGGUGAACCGUGCCUUCAACAGAAGUGCAUCGAAUGUCUUUCUGACGAAGACAAAAUGGACAUCGUAGACUUUGUCAUGCAACGGACACUGGCUGAGAUACCUGUUGGAUCGGAGGACAUCAGCGACAAAUUGAUUACUCUAGAUUGCGGUCACAUCUUCACAGUGGAGACUUUAGACGGACAUUGUCAUAUGACUGACUAUUACGAGGUCGAUGGGAUGGGUUCCUAUACUGGAAUGAAAGCUCCUCCCACCGAAUUUCAGCUACCACCAAGCUGUCCAACUUGCCGGUCACACAUUACGGCUCGGCGCUAUGGAAGGAUUCUCAAGCGUGCGAAUCUCGACAUUUUGGAACAGAAUGUGGCCAGUGUGAUGUCCCAACGUCUGGCGGAGGUCGUCCCAUCUGUUGAGACCUUCAGAAACGGUCUGGCAGAACUAGAAGCUCGGGCUAAAGAACUUAAAGCCGCACCAAAAUCCGACUGUCAACCUGCUGAUGUGUUUGAGCACCUUGUCGAAACAAGGAAAGGUUUAAUGAUGAAGACAGACGAAGUAUUGGACCCUGGUGCGUUCACUGCUGGGUCUAUGGUCACUCGUCACGGAUUGUCUGAAUCUGAGGCCAAAUCAUGGAUGGCUAUCGUUGUAGAUUUCCUUAGGAUCUACAAAAAGGUAGCUAACAUUACGAAGACGCGGUCCGCACAUGUCCGCGCAUACGAGUCGGCUCUUGCUACUCUUUACCGCUUGGAGCUUGCCCACCUUGCCGCCGAACCACCUGAGGAAAUACACCAGGUCCCUCCCGAACACAUUGCAAUGCGCAAUGUUGACCAGAAGAUUGGACAACCGCCUCAUAAGGCUGAUCGUCGCUACCAUCUCGAAGCAUUUAUAUUAUCAGUCGAGUUAAGGCUCAUGUUGGGAAGCAUUGCUCGGUCUAGAUUUGAGGCGCUUCCAAUGACUUCCAACGAACCUGAAGCUCCUCAUCAUCGUAAUGUCUGGUACUCAUUCACACUGUUCAUCUAUCAGUCGUGCAUCAUCGACUGUCAGAAGGCUAUUACCAUCUCUCAUGCAACUUCUUCAUCACGUCUGGCCGCUCGUUCCGCCACCUUGAUGCUCUGUUCAGACUUUGAACAGUUUCGUUUUUCGAUGUUGGAGAAGCGCAGGCAGGUUUUCAAAGAUGGUGCAUCAGCAGACGCUCGGGAUAGUUUGAUAGAGAAAGUCCAGGCGGACAAGAAGAGGUUGAAGAGAUGCUUGAGAGAGCUCGAACUGUCAUACUUUGCAAGCCGUCCAUCAAGUGAUUCAUCCCAGGUCACUGAAGACCGUCGAUGGUUCCAUGGGAACUGCCGCGCCAAAAUUGAGCGUUGCUUCACAGAAUACAGAAAAUUGGAAGAUCACAUCAUGAAUGAUGCCGUCUAUCAGCCGAUGUCUUUGCAGGAGAAACAAGACAUUGUUCAAGCCUUAGGAUUUUCGCAUCGAGGUCAUUUCUACAACUGCAUAAAUGGCCACACGUUCGUUAUCACAGAGUGCGGAGGAGCGAUGGAGGCUAGUCAAUGUCCUGAAUGUAGAGCGCCGAUAGGCGGCAGAAACCAUAGGCUCAACAGCUCCAAUACCCGCGCUCGAGAAUAUGAGGACAUCUCACGACAGCGAGGGGGAAAAGAAAGCCCAUGGGCGUGGGCAGCCGACGCUUAA